GGGUCUGGAAUUGGAGAGUGCAAUGUAUUAUAUUUUCUAUGUAGGACUCGUGGACUGUUAGCAGAUCCACCAUCAUGGGUGCUCUGUUUGGCAAAAAAAAGCAACCAGAAUCAAGGAUUACUGAGCAGGACAAGGCAGUACUCCAAUUAAAGCAGCAGCGAGAUAAAUUAAAACAGUAUCAGAGAAAGAUUGAACAAAACUUGGAGAAAGAAAGAGUUGUUGCCAAGCAGCUUCUUAAAGAUGGCAAGAAAGACAAAGCAAUGUUGCUUUUGAAAAAGAAGCGUUAUCAAGAACAGUUAUUGAAAAACACAGAUGGCCAGCUAGAUAACUUGGAGAAGAUGGUUGAUGAGAUUGAAUUUGCUCAGAUUGAGAUGAAGGUUGUAGAAGGGCUGAAAGCUGGUAAUGAGAGUCUCAAGAAAAUGCACCAAGUCAUGUCUUUAGAAGAUGUUGAGAAGAUAAUGGAUGAAACAAGGGAAGGAAUUGAAUAUCAAAAUGAAAUUGAUGAUUUACUGAGUGGCAGAUUAACAGAUGAAGAUGAGGCAGCCAUAUUGGAAGAACUUAAUGAGAUCACCGCAGCUGAGGAAGCAGCGAUCCCUGACCUCCCAUCUGUACCCACAGACAAUUUACCAGAAAUUCAAAAGGAGGAGAAACGAGAGAAAAACAGGGAGGCGGAGAUGGUACCAGCUUCGUGAGCAUCUCUCAUUGAUUAUUAACUUUCCUUUGAAGAAAACCUCUUGUAUGCUGCCCAUAUAUAGUCAUGAUGUGCCUAUAUAUGGUCAUGGUGUGCCUAUAUAUGGUCAUGAUGUGAUGUCAUCAUGACCAUAUUUAGCCAUGUCACAUGUUUUUUUUUCAAAUAAAAUUUGAGCCUGGGUAGGGUCUUAACAUGGCCAGUUAAAAGACUUUGUAAAUUUGAUGUGUUGUGUCUUCAAAUUUGCCCACCUUUGUAAAUAUGCCAAUAAUACAAAUUUUAAGUUAUAUAAUAGUGCAUGUUGAGACAACCUUGAGUCACGUAAGGCGCUGAAUAGAAUGGGAACUAAUGUAAUUAUUUCUCAUUUGCCAAUCAAAAUUAUCCAGUAAGACGAUUUGUCCAAAAUAUUUGAAGGUAUAAAAUAAAAUGCCCUUAAAAUGUAGAAGAUCCUCUCUGCACUGCCUGCCAUGUACAUGUUGCAUUGACUGACACACCAGUAUCUUUGCUAUACAAAAAGUAGAGCAACAUUCUGUAACACAAGUGUAUAUUAGAAUUCAACCCUUGGAUGGCAGCCAGAAUGGUAAACAAUAAUAUUUGCAUCUUUAACUAUAACUGAAAAUUUGCAAUAAUAAUUUCUUUGAAAUUCAAACUGUGCAUGUGAUAAAAAUAAUAUACUUUAGUUUUUGUUUUACUAUAUGUUAUUAUUAUUAGAAUACAUUUGUUUAAAGAAUAAACUAUGAGUAUUCUCAAAUCAAGAGUUGUUUUUUUUUAAAUACAGUUAAACUUGCCUAAAAAAGUCGACUGUGCCUAACUCAAAUAAUUUCUAAAUCGAUCUUAUUUUAUAUGCCAAAUUGUUGUUUUCCAUUAAUUAACAAUCUG